CUCUAUAGAGCAUCUCUCUCUCCAACGGUCCGCAAAUUCACUACUGCGACGGCUAACUUAGCAGCGUAACCUCGCCGCGACCAACUCCUCAAAACCCCAGGGCAAUAAUGGCUCCAAACCCCAUCACACUAACCCGUAGGUCUCCACUCCUGUUCCGAUUCUUGGGUUUUUCUAGAAAUACUAUUUAUAGUUCUAGAAUCCCCACAAAUCCAAUUCGGAUAAGCACCGUUAGGAGCUAUUCUACAUGCCAUUUUUUCUGUUAUCCCUCACAUUCUAGUGUCAGGACCGUGUUCAAGGAUUUGGGUCGCUCUGAAAUCGGGUUUUCGAAAAAGGGUUCCGACUAUUUUCGGAUUUCAGCAGUCUCGGAUGGUGGGUCCGGUGGAACUGGUGGGUUUGGAGGGUUUGGUGACGGGAAUUCCGGUGGGAAAAGUGAAGGUAGCGGCGGCGGUGGCGAUUGGUCGUUGCUUUCAUGGUACUUGGCUCUCCUUGAGAAGUAUCCUGUGUUGACAAAAGCCAUAACAUCUGCAUUUUUAACUCUUCUUGGAGAUCUGAUUUGCCAGCUUGUGAUUGAUCAAGUGCCAUCAUUGGACCUGAAAAGGACAUUUCUAUUUACUUUAUUGGGAUUGGUGUUAGUGGGUCCCACAUUGCACUUCUGGUAUUUGUAUCUAAGUAAAUUGGUGACAAUUCCUGGAGCAUCAGGUGCUUUCUUGCGGCUUCUACUUGAUCAGUUCCUUUUCUCCCCUAUAUUUAUUGGAGUGUUCUUAUCUACAUUGGUAACUCUAGAGGGGCGGCCAUCACAAGUUGUACCCAAGCUUCAGCAGGAGUGGUUCUCUGCUGUUCUUGCAAAUUGGCAGCUGUGGAUACCUUUCCAGUUUCUCAACUUCCGAUUUGUCCCACAGCAGUUCCAGGUCCUUGCUGCUAAUGUUGUUGCUUUGGCAUGGAAUGUCAUUCUCUCAUUUAAAGCUCAUAAGGAGAUUCUCCCCAAAUAGGGUGUUGCAGCCAAAUCCAUUUUGCCAGACAUGCUAUCAAUCAUUUUAUGGAGUUAGGUUGCUGUUAAGAAAUUUCUGUCCCAAAAGACUCGAGAUACAGCAAUGUAAAUGAUCAUGUUUUGAUUGUUCUCCUUUUGCUGGGCAUUUUCCUAGGGUAACUUCUUUGGUGGCUCAAACCUAACAGAUGGGAUUAUGAAAUUUCAUGUUGUAUUUUAUUCCAAAGUCCUGCUCUUAUUCUCUAAGUUUCAUUGCUCUUCUUUGCCAAGAUAGAUACACCAAGACUCUAGUUGGUAUUAUGUUGUUUAAAGGGCCCAAACAGGUAAUCCUCAACCUCUGUGACCAUCUACAGGUUUAAAACAAUGCCCUUCUUUAUUGGGGUAGGGAGGCUUUUACCCUUCAGGUUUCAGGACAGUGGGAUGCCAAGUUCAGGUGGCAAGACAUAAAAGGUGGUUUGUGGGAUUCACUUUCGAUUAAACUUGGUGUUAGCCAGUUAUUUAAGGUGGUCUGGGAAUCAAACUGAAUCGAGAUGAGUUCUUCAAGGUUGAAUUGUGCUUUGAUCAAAUUUUUUUUUUUAUGUUUGUUGCUUUUAUUUAGUGCAUCCCCUGCUUUUAGGAAUUUGCUUCAACGGGUAAGACAAAUUCAGCAUGACCAAGAAAGUUAAGGGUGUGUUUGGAAGGAAUUCUGAGAAGAAAAAUCCCAGAAAGAUCUGUAUUGUGCAUGAUUUCUUGAUACAGUGUUUAUUCUAUUCACUUCCCAAACAAUUUCUG